GCGAUUCCACAUUUUUUUUUUUUUUAUAUAAUUGGUACACUACAGACAGAUUAAGCCAUGGCUUUUCCUAAGGCUCUCAUGAUGAUGAUGAUGAUCAUCAUCGCUUCCCUUGUUUACGCUGCUCAAGUGGCUGAUACAUUGUUCGUCCCGCAGCCGCAGAUUGACAGCAACACGGUUGGUCGCUCUCUUCUCCAGAAUAAUGAUAUAGAUUGCAAGUCUGCAUGCGACGCGAGGUGCGCGGAAACGAAGAGGCGAAAUUUGUGCAAGAGAGCAUGCGGGACAUGCUGUGAGCGGUGCCACUGCGUUCCUCCGGGCACUUCCGGCAAUGAGGAUGUCUGCCCCUGCUAUGCCAACAUGACCACUCACGGCGGCAGACACAAGUGCCCUUGAAUCCCUUUUAAAAGAAUGAAAAUUUUUUACAGCACGACAACUUCAUAGAUAGAUAGAUUGCGUACAUGCAUAUCGGUGCACUUGCGUUUUCUCUUCGUCGGAUCAGAUACUAAGUACUGCUACUAUUACUAUGUGCGUGUCCAAUAAAGGAGAAAUACAUACCUACCGUACUUUCUUUCA